CGAAGCCUUCAACGUUGUCAGUGUAGACGUGGAAGUCGUGUAAAUAAGGUCUGUGUCAUUUCGUCUGGGGACAUUUUUCACUUCAACGCCUGAUAAAGCGAGCCGGAAGGUUACAUUAUCAACUGUAAACACUUGAUGUCAUCAGCUGCAAUGAUGUACGGAUACCAGCAGCAGGCUGCUGCGGCUGCUGUGCAAGGCCAGCAGUAUCAGCAGAUGCCCCAAGAACAGUAUCAACAGCAGGGUUACCAACCACAGCAGGGCUUUCAGCCACAGCAGCAGCAGCAGCAGGGUUUCCAGCCCCAACAAGGCCAGUAUGGACAACAGCAGUAUCCGCAGGAGCAGUAUCAACAGCAGCAAGCACCACAACAGCAGCCACAGCAGCAGCAAACUCAGCAGUCCCAGCAGUCCCAGCAGAGUUAUCAGGAGUUCAUAGAACAGCAGGAGUCAAGAGAGGGCGUCCGAUUUUCCUGGAAUGUGUGGCCCUCUAGUCGAAUCGAGGCAACGCGCAUGGUUGUACCAGUUGCUUCCAUGUACACUCCAUUGAAGAAAAGGGAUGAUUUACCACCGAUUUGCUACGAACCAUUGAGGUGCCAGCAGGCUCAGUGUGGUGCCAUCUUAAAUCCAUUGUGUCAGGUCGACUAUCGAUCCAAAUUGUGGGUGUGUUGUUUCUGCCUACAUCGAAAUACCUUCCCUAGUUCCUAUGCUUCAAUAAGUGAGCAGAGCCAGCCUGCAGAACUGUUCCCACAGUAUUCAACAAUUGAGUAUACUAUCAUGAGACAACAGAUGAUGCCUCCCAUCUUCUUGUUCGUUGUAGACACCUGCAUAGAUGAGGAGGAACUUGCGGCACUCAAAGAAUCGAUCACCAUGUCGCUCUCUUUGAUGCCGGCCAAUGCUCUUGUUGGGCUCAUCACCUUUGGUCGUCAUAUUCACGUGCAUGUAUUAGCUACUGAAGUCAUGAGGAGGCAGUAUGUCUUCCCUGGACACAAGGACCAAACUGCUAAGUCAGUGCAGGAGUAUUUAGGAGUUGGACUAAAGACUGUACAAACUGUGAUGCCUGGCCAGGGUGCACCAGGAAAUCAGACAAAUCAGAUGAACAACCGUUUCCUUCAGCCUGUUCAGGAAUGUGAAAUAAUGUUGCAGGAUAUUUUGACAGACUUGCGCAGAGAUCCCUGGCCCGUUUCUACUGGGAAAAGGCCCCUUCGAGCCUCUGGGGCUGCUCUUUCAAUUGCAAUUGGUCUUCUUGAGGCUUGCUAUCCAAAUACUGGAGCACGCAUCAUGACUUUCCUGGGUGGCGCCUGUUCUUACGGUCCUGGUAUGGUGGUUGACGACGACUUACGUAAACCUAUUCGAUCACAUCACGAUAUUGACAAGGAUAACUGCAAAUACAUGAAGAAAGCCAUCAAAUUCUACGAGGGCCUUGGGCAGCGAGUUUCUAAUAACGGUCACAUUGUAGAUCUUUACGCCUGUGCUCUUGAUCAAGUUGGUCUCCAUGAAAUGAAGUAUUGUAGCAAUUAUACUGGUUUCCAUCCAGUUGCUGGGGCACUUGGACCGUGCGUUUCUGCCCGCGAGAAGGGUCCGAAUGUAGCGGAGAUGGAAAUAGGCAUUGGCAAUACAACCAAAUGGAAGCUGUGUGGUCUAACUCCGGGUACCACGGUAGCUUUAUUCUUUGAAAUUGCUAGUCAGCAAGGAGGUGAAAUUCAGGGAGGAAGGGGUCACGUUCAGUUUAUCACCAGGUACCAACAUCCGUCUGGUCAGCUGCGUUGCAGAGUUACUACAGUUGCCAGAAACUGGGUCGAUCCACAAACUGGUCAGCACGCAGUGUCAGCAGGAUUUGAUCAAGAAGCAGCAGCCGUGUUGAUGGCAAGACUAGCUGUUCAUAGAUCCGAAACAGAUCAGGAUGGAACAGAUGUACUGCGCUGGGUGGAUAGGAUGCUUAUUAGAUUAUGUCAGAAGUUUGGCGAAUUCAUCCCUAACGACCCCAACAGCUACAGGUUCCAUGACACAUUCACAUUAUACCCUCAAUUUAUGUUCCAUCUUAGACGUUCACAGUUUUUGCAAGUGUUCAAUAAUUCUCCGGACGAAACAUCGUUUUAUAGAUGCAUGCUGAACAGAGAAUCUGUGACAGAAUGCUUAACCAUGAUCCAGCCUGUUCUCUACAGCUACUCAUUCAGUGGCAUCGAAGCAGUUAUGCUUGACACUUCGUCUAUACAACCAGAUCGAAUAUUGCUUUUAGAUACGUUCUUCUUGGUUCUUAUCUUUUUAGGAGAAACAAUGGCAGCUUGGAAGAAGGAGGGAUACCACGAAAAAGAAGAAUAUGCUACCUUCAAGGAGUUGUUGCAGGCACCGAUUGACGAUGCUCAGGACAUCUUGGCAACAAGGUACCCCAUUCCUAGAUACGUGGAAACUGAACAAGGCGGCUCUCAGGCUCGAUUCUUGUUAUCCAAAGUUAAUCCUUCACAGACUCACAAUAAUGCCAUGUAUGGUGGGUCUGUCAUCCCAGAUCCCAAUGCCACGGAUGGUGGUGCCCCAGUAUUGACAGAUGAUGUGAGCUUGCAAGUCUUCAUGGAACAUCUUAAGAAAUUAGCAGUUACGUCAAAUGCAUAACCACCCUAAAAAAAAUGUAUUUAGCUCAAAUUUUGUUAAUUUAAUAGAUAUUGGUCCUCUUUUAAAGGCCACAUUUAUAAUAAUGUUAAGGGAGAUCAAAGGAGAUAUAUAUAUGUUGAUUUGAAGCUUUUCCCGUUCAGUGAAUUUUUAAGAUGGAAGCUUCAAUUCAUUCUUCAUAAAUAAAUAUGGAAUUUGAUAUUAUUUUAGUACAUAUUUGAAUGUGA